CAAUCAAACUCACCAUCCUCUCAAAAUGAUUACUGCAGAUGAUUUCUACAAGGUGAUGUGCGCCAUGGUGCCUCUAUACUUCGCAAUGCUAGUGGCUUACGGCUCCGUCAAGUGGUGGCGAAUCUUCACGCCCGAGCAUUGCUCCGGCAUCAAUCGAUUCGUCGCCGUUUUUGCCGUUCCUGUAUUGUCUUUCCACUUCAUCGCUCAAAACAAUCCUUACCAAAUGGAUACCAAGUUCAUCUUGGCCGAUACUUUGUCCAAGAUUUCUGUUCUUUUCUUGCUCUCCGUUUGGGCCCUCUUCUUCCAUGGCAGCUUGGAUUGGCUCAUCACUCUUUUCUCAGUCGCCACUUUGCCCAACACUCUCGUCAUGGGCAUCCCUUUGCUCAACGCCAUGUACGGGGACUUCACUCAGAGCCUCAUGGUGCAAGUCGUCGUUCUUCAAUGUAUUAUCUGGUACACACUUUUGCUUUUUCUGUUCGAAUACAGAGCGGCUACUGUUUUAAUCCAAACACAAUUCCCUGGUGCUGCAGCGGCUUCCAUCACCAAGUUUGAGCUCGACAACGACGUCAUAUCCCUUGAUGGCCGUGACCCAAUUAAAACAGAAUCGGAAACCGACGGUAAUGGCCGCAUCCGCGUCCGUAUCCGGCGGUCCACGUCAUCUGCUCCGGACUCAGCUAUAUCAUCCUCCAUAUGUCUCACUCCCAGAGCGUCAAAUCUCUCAAAUGCUGAGAUAUUCUCCAUUAACACUCCGGCUCCAUUGCACGAAUACCAUUACAAUUCAAACAACGAAAUCGUGUUCUGGGGCUCCGCCACCAGUCCGCGGCUUUCGGGCUAUGCGUCUUCCGACGCCUACUCCUUGCAGCCCACGCCACGCGCCUCGAACUUCAAUGAGAUGGAUACCAUCACCGUCAUGACAACCAAUACUCCCACAUGGGCUCGAUCUCCGGUCAACGGAAAAUUCUACCGGCAGCCGUCUCCGGUGAUUCCUGGCGUGAGAAAGAUGUGGGAGUCACCAGGGAUGUCUCAAAGCAAAGACGUCGCGGAUAAAGAAAUAAGUUUCAGAGACAAUGCAAAAAUUCCAAUGCCAGAGGAUAAUACUGAAGCCAAAGAAGCUACAGGAGAUCAGAAAAUGCCGCAUGCCUUAGUGAUGAUUCGACUCAUUCUUACAGUAGUUGGGAGGAAACUUUCUCGGAAUCCAAACACAUACUCAAGUGUUCUAGGCCUUCUUUGGUCUCUAAUCUCAUUCAAAUGGGAUGUGGGGAUGCCCAGUUUGGUGAAAUAUUCAAUCAAAAUAAUUUCAGAUGCAGGGCUCGGAAUGGCCAUGUUCAGUUUAGGUUUGUUCAUGGCCCUGCAGCCCCGGAUCAUUGCCUGCGGCACCAAAAGAGCAACGAUAGGGAUGGCGAUCCGGUUCAUCUGCGGCCCCGUUGUAAUGACCGCAGCGUCGCUUGCCGUUGGACUCAAAAGGGUUAAGCUCCACGCUGCCAUUGUGCAGGCAGCUCUUCCUCAGGGAAUUGUACCAUUUGUUUUCGCCCGGGAGUAUGGUUUGCAUCCUGAUAUACUGAGUACAGGGGUUAUCUUUGGAAUGCUAGUUUCUUUACCAGUAACCCUCCUCUAUUACAUAUUUUUAGGCCUGUGAAACAAAAACAUAAUUGGAGGCAUUAGAGCUUGUGAUUUGAACUUCCUUCAAUACUGGAAACUAUAAUCUUUGCCUUAAAUUUCGCUUACGCCAACGAUGUCCAUAGCCUGGAUUUAGCUAGGCAUUAUAUAUAUCAAGUGAUUAUUUAGCAAGAUCAAAAAGUGGUAUUAGUGACAGGAGAAGACUGAGUUGCAUGCAACAUGGUGGAUUUUGAAAAGCCAAAAGUGUGAGAAAAUGACAGAAUGAUAUGCACGCUCGCGUCAGGGCUUAGUGUGAUGUAGUUAUUCUAGUACAGAAAGUAGUGGUAGCCGAAAGAAGAGGAAAAAAGAAAGCAAAAAUCAUGACUUAUGAUUAAGUUAGGAGACUUAUUUAUCUUCUCGUGGGUAAAGUUGCUACAACAAUAUAUAAACAGUAUGUUUGACUCAAGAUAAAACCAAUAUAUAUAUGUUUCUGCUUUCUA